AUGGCUUCACCCCCGCCCCCGCCCACUAAACGGGUAAAACUCGACGCGCCCAGUCAUAAAUCCUCCUCUCAGAGAGAGUUUGAACUCGCAGUCGGAAUUGCCGGUUAUGUGCACCCAGACCUGCCUGGAUGGCAGGGUGUGUUCAAGCAGCGGUACGCGGACUUUCUGGUGAAUGAGAUUGGGCUCGGUGGGAAGGUUGCGCACUUGACGGAUUUUGGAUCGGGGUUUUUGAGGAAAGGGGGGAAAAAGAUGGAGGGGGAAAAGAAGGAGCAGAGGGAGGAAGAGGCGGAGUCGUCAUCCGCUCCUAGAAUUGCCGGGGACGUGAUAGACAAUACGGACAAUAUGGGAGAGGAGGAUACCAGCCCAGAAGUAUUGACUGCUACCCUCUGGGCUCGGCUCAGGCUAACAAGCCACCAGAACCCCAAACUUCAAAGUAUUAUUCGAUUGACCGGUCCUGAAACUGCCGAGUUCUGCAGCAAAUUACUAGCGAGCAUUAACAGCAGAGCAGCGGGGUCUCAUCCAGAACAUAUAACGCCGAGUAUAGAUCGUGAAGAACGGGGUCUCGUCCACACCGCAAUUCGGGAAUUUUCCUCGGGAAAAAUAGAUUCAAUUACCUUGAGCGGUGACCAAGAAGGGUGUAUCAGAAUUUAUGCGAGUAUCGGGCAGCCUGGCAUGCGGCAGAGGAAGCGGGGAAAUCGUGCGGGGCGCAGGAGGAACAAGCCUGGUUUGGGCGAUGGGGAGGCGAGGUCGGAUUAUUGCCAUUUUUUGGUGUAUAAGGUGAAUAGGGAUACCAUGGAUGUUAUGGGGAUUCUACCUCACUUAAUUGGCGGCGCUGGAGGGAAGAAUCCGUUCUCUUUUGCUGGGAACAAAGAUAAGAGGGCCGUUACUGUAUCCUGGUUCUCUGCAUACAAAGUUUGUGCGGAGCGGUUGGCUCAGUUAAACCGGGGAGAGGGCGGGCUUAGAGGGUGCCACUUGGGGAAUUUCUGCUACAAGGAUACCGGUCUGAGGCUCGGCGAUCUAUGCGGAAAUGAGUUCGUCAUUACUCUCCGAGAGUGUGUUUCUUUGGACACGAGCAAAAGUUUAGAGGAGGUUGUUGGCAAUGCAGUGCAACGCGUGAAGGAGACUGGCUUCAUAAAUUACUUUGGGCUCCAGCGCUUUGGUAGCCACGGGGUUGGGACAUGGGAAGUUGGGGUAGAGAUGCUAAAAGGCAAUUGGCGCGGUGCCGUCGAGAAAAUCUUGAGCUACGACCCCGUGAUUCUGGAAAAAGACGAUGAUUCUGUCUCCACAGAGGAGAAAUCCCGUGCACAGGCUUGCCACGCUUUCCUUACUACCUACGAUUUCCGGAAAGCUGCGGAGCUCAUCCCUCGUCGGUCAAAUGCUGAGAGAGCGAUCCUUACAUCGUUUAGGGAUCGGGGUAUUGAGGCUAAUGAGCAUGGCGGGAGGCUAGAUUACAUGGCAGCACUACAGGCUGUCCCUAGGAAGAUGAGGACAAUCUAUCUUCAUGCUUUUCAAAGCUUUGUCUGGAACUAUGUCGUUACUGAGAGGAUUUCUUGGGGCACUAAAGUUCUACCCGGCGAUCUGGUAAUGGCGGAGGCCACUACUGCCGCCGAGAACAAGGCGCCUAAGGCCCUUACCAUCGAUGAUUCCCCGGAAAUGGACCAGGACGGCGAAAUCAUCAUCCGUGCUCCUCCGGAAGACAUGGGAGUAGCCAGCGCCAACCCGGAGGAAGGAAAGUUCAAGCGGGCCAGAGCACUCUCCAAAGAAGAAGUCGAGUCAGGGAAAUACACAAUCAAAGAUAUCGUCCUCCCGACCCCGGGCUGGGACAUAAUAUACCCACAAAACGCCCUCAUGGAGAUUUACAGUCGGGUUAUGAAAGAACACGGCUUGGAUCCUCUAAACAUGAAGCGCAAUCAUAGGGAAACAAGUCUUCCAGGAUCCUACCGUCACGUUAUUGCCACGUUUAUCAACGGCGAGGCCAACUACGAGAUUAGAAAGUACCAUGGCGACGAGCAGAUCGUCAAGACCGAUCUUGAGGUCAUCAAGGAAAAGGAGGCUGUCGCCGAGGGAGCCGGGAAGGGUGAUGGGGUUGACAUGGAACUCGAUGUGCAAUCCGAAGAGAGCGCGGUGGUCGCCGAGGGGGAGGGGAAGGCGGCGGUAGUCUUAAAGUUCCAGCUUGGCACAAGUACCUAUGCUACAAUGGCACUCCGGGAGCUGAUGAAGGACGGGGUUAAAGCGUUUAUUCCGGAAUUCGGCAGGGCGUAGGCGGGGAAAGGUUGACACGUCGUACCUAGAAAUCUUUGUCUACAGUA